CAAAAGUCCGCCUCUCGCCUUCGAGAAGACUCCCAACGACGCUCUCGUGCCGCCUGUCGCACCUCCACCGCAUGCCGCUGAACUGCCCAAGUCUCCCUCGGCAGCCAUGGGUCGCCUCAGUCCGCUAUCCGAAAGUCCCUUGGACUUGCAAGCGAUUAUCGAGAAACAAGCCGAGGCAAUCAAGCAUCUACACAUAGCCUUCGCGGUGGAGAGGGAGUCGUGGGAGUUGGAGCGCAAGAGCUUCUACAACCGCAUUGCCAGUCUUGAACAGCUACUCAAGAAUGGCGAGCACCAUAGCCCGGCCAAAUCGCCUAUUCUUUCGCCGUUGAACGGAUCCGCCAUUGUAUCACCGCAGGCGAGACCAGCACACGCGACAUUCUCCUUACCUACCAUUGCUGAGCAUGAAAAUAUCUCGCCGUUGGCAGCAAGGCGGGAUGGCGCCCCACAAACGAUAGAGCUUCCAACGAUGCGUGCGCGGCCCGUUGAGCACGAAAGGCCAAGACAAAGCGCAGUCAAUUUUAUGAAUGCGGAAGGUAUCAAGGUUGAGGAAAUCCCUCCCGCCAAGAGCUCGCAUGGCCUUUCACCUCCUCCGCCCAUGAACCGCCACAUGGCAGGCCAUACGCCCAUCAAAGCUCCCAGGCCGCCAACUCCUCCGCCACAAAACAUGUCCAUGGAUGGCAUCGAGGAUACUCCGACUCGCCACAAUACGCACAUCAACACACUCCUUACCCAGCACAGUGACGACGACGAAGACGAUAUGCCAUUGAAAGGACCUCUCCAUCUGCCAGAAUUGCCUCACCAACCGGAUGCCACCAACUUCACACUUGAUGCUUUGACGCACCGGUUAGAACACAUCGAAAAGCAUCCCGAUGCGGACGAUGCAAGGCCCACGGUGUAUAGUCGUCCUACUCCUGGCGUUGGUUCGCCUGCGAACGAAGUCGAGAACAAGGCUAGUGAUGAGACCAGCCCGAGUACGAAGGCAAAGCUAGACGAAGCGCCCUUCGCACCUGUUGGAACCAUGGCUUCCGACAUCCCACCACAGUCUCAUACCUCCGACAUCGGUUCCAAGCUGGCCUCACCCGACGGCCAUCCCUUAUCGCCACAAGAAGCGCACGAAGCGAAAGUCCACCAAGAUUUCGAGCAAGGCGGCAUUCGUCUGAAGAAGAAAACGAGCACGAAUUUUGGUGCACCUUUUGGAUCCCUAGCAGGAUUUCCACUCA